GAGACAGAGAGACAGAGAGACAGAGAGACAGAGAGACAGAGACAGAGAGACAGAGAGACAGGGGGGGGCAGAUCGUAGAUCGUAGAGGGAGGAGCCGGCGGUGGGAGGAGCCGGCAGAGAGAAGAGCUUGCAGAGGGAGCAGCCGGCGGAGGGAGAAGCCGAUUGUGGGAGGAGCCGGUGGAGGGAGGAGAUUGCAGAGGGAGGAGCCGACAGUGGGAGGAACCGGCAGAGAAAGGAGGUUGCAGAGGGAGGAGUCUGCGGAGGGAGAAGCCCGGGUAGGAGACGAAGCCUGAGUUGGUGAAGGUCGGAGCCCGCCCAAGGAGGAGCCGGCGGAGGGAGGAGCCCGCGGAGCCCUGGAGGAGGGCGGAGGAAGGUCCGACUCGGCGCGGCCGCUGACCCGACGGGCUCCCAAGCACAGCCGGCCGGGCCGGAACUGCAGUGGCCGCGCGGGAAUGGGCCGCCCCGGGACCUAGCGCGGCGCAGCACGGGCCGCGGCCAGCGUCGAGCGGAGCCACCGCGCAGCCGGAGCCAUGAACGGGGACGCCAUCUGCAGCGCGCUGCCCCCCAUCCCCUACCACAAGCUCGCCGACCUGCACUACCUCAGCCGGGGCGCCUCUGGCACCGUGUCGUCGGCACGACACGCGGACUGGCGCGUGCGGGUGGCAGUGAAGCACCUACACAUCCACACGCCGCUGCUCGACAGUGAAAGAAAUGACAUCUUACGGGAAGCCGAAAUAUUACAUAAGGCAAGAUUUAGUUACAUUCUUCCAAUUUUGGGAAUUUGCAAUGAGCCUGAAUUUUUGGGCAUAGUUACUGAAUACAUGCCAAAUGGAUCAUUAAAUGAGCUUCUACACAGAAAAACUGAAUAUCCUGAUAUUGCGUGGCCAUUGAGAUUCCGCAUCCUGCAUGAAAUUGCUCUUGGUGUAAAUUACCUGCACAAUAUGAACCCCCCUCUGCUUCAUCAUGACUUAAAGACUCAGAAUAUCUUGUUGGAUAAUGAAUUUCAUGUCAAGAUUGCAGAUUUUGGUUUAUCAAAAUGGCGCAUGAUGUCCCUCUCUCAAUCACGAAGUUACAAAUCUGCACCCGAAGGAGGAACAAUCAUCUAUAUGCCACCUGAGAACUAUGAACCAGGACAGAAAUCAAGGGCCAGUGUGAAGCAUGAUAUAUACAGCUAUGCAAUUAUUAUGUGGGAAGUGCUAUCCAGAAAACAGCCUUUUGAAGAGGUCACCAAUCCUUUGCAGAUCAUGUACAGUGUGUCCCAGGGACAUCGGCCUGACACUAGUGAGGAGAAUUUGCCAUUUAAUAUACCUCAUCGAAGUCUCAUGAUCUCUCUAAUACAAAGUGGAUGGGCGCAAAACCCAGAUGAAAGACCAUCUUUCUUGAAAUGCAUAAUAGAACUUGAACCAGUUCUGAGAACAUUUGAAGACAUAACAUUUCUUGAGGCUGUUCUUCAGCUAAAAAGGGCAAAGAUACAGAGUGCAUCGAGUACUAUUCACUUAUGUGAUAAGAAAAUGGAUUUGUCGCCGAACCUACCUGCAAACCAUCCUCCACAGGAGGAAUCGUGUGGAUCCUCUCUGCUUUCUACAAACACUGGUUCUCCUGGGACAUCCAGGUCCCUGUCAGCUCCUCAAGACAAAGGUUUUUUAUCUGGAGCACCUCAAGACUGCUCUUCAUCGAACGCACACCACUGUCCUGGAACCCACAGCUGGGAUGGCAUCGUUUCUGUAUCACAAGGGGCAGCCUUCUGUGAUCGCAGGGCCACCGUGUGCUCCUUGGCUGUAAUAAGUCCACUCUUGGUUGAGAAAAGUUCAGAGCGCCUGCAAGCUGGUAUAGCACAACAGUGGAUCCAGAGUAAGAGGGAAGCCAUUGUGAGCCAGAUGACUGAAGCCUGCCUUAACCAAUCACUGGACGCCCUUCUGUCUCGGGACCUGAUCAUGAAGGAGGACUAUGAACUCAUUAGCACCAAACCUACAAGGACCUCAAAAGUCAGACAGCUGCUAGAUACCUCUGACAUCCAAGGAGAAGAAUUUGCCAGAGUUAUAGUACAGAAGUUGAAAGAUAACAAGCAGAUGGGGCUUCAGCCUUAUCCGGAAGUACCUGUGGCCUCCAGAACACCAUCUUCAAAUUUCCUUCAAAAUAAAAGCUUAUGAGGGGGCCUUCUUUGAGAGGAAAGUCAGUUUACAAAUGGUUAUUUAUAUUUCUCUUACCUGUAUAAUAUUUGUAUAAAAAACAUGAGAGUAUUAGACACUUCACUUGAAGGUUUUUGGAAGAGUCUCUUCCCAUGACAUUGCAGUAUUUUUUUUAAAUUAAUAUAAGUAAAAAGUUUGCUCUAUGCUGUGUAGUUCAGUUUUUAUGUUAGUUUCACUACUUGAACUUUUUUAUGUAAUAAUUACACUUUUCUUGUAUGUAACGUGCCUUACGGUGGCCUUUGAUUCCGAUGGAACACGUUUUCACACCUUCUCUGCGGCUGCUUCUUGCUCCUCUAAAGUGCAGUUUGACAUUACAUAGCAGUGACACAGAAUCCCCACUCGCCAAUCCCAAAUUAAGAUCUCCAAAGAGUUAAAAAAAAACGCAUUUUUAAAUUUGACUUACAAACUCUUUAGAAGGUUGUUUCAGGGAAUACAAAGUGUACAAAGAAGGGGGGGGAGAAUCUUUUAUUAACCCUGGCCGUCCAUGUACCUGUGCUUAGCCUCUGCCUCCUGUCUGUCUCCAGACCGAGCAGCCCAGUGUGUGCCCUGUUGCAGCCUGCUUCCAGCUCCUGUUUUAAGCACAUGCUGGUUGGGUAGAGGCUGGCCCUUACUUAGCUGUUUUCUUUGUAACACACUAUGGUUUUUGAACUGAAAGGUAUAGCAAGUGUGCUCAUCCACACAUCUAACUCACUCCACUCAAUUAUCACACAUCAGCCAUGCCUCUCUGUGUUUGAUUUUCCAAGCUUGCUCACACCACUUCACAAGAAAAAGGCAAUACAGUGUGCAUUCUUUUUAUCUUCUGGUUGCUAGCUUAUGUCAGUAAAGGGAACCUAUACAAAGUGAUGCCUUUUUCUGAAAAUGGUUUAACAAAGUUAGAAGAAAGUGAAAAAUGGGAUGAAUUUGAAAGCUCAAAUUGAAAGACGCACCAGACUCAUAACCUAAGACAACAUGAGUGUGGAAUAAAAGGACUUAGAUCAUGUGGAGACCAUGAAGUAGUCCUUAAUUUGAAACAAGAAUUUUAAACACCAGGGUUGGCGAGAUGCCUGAGCACAGCAUGUGAGAGUACUGGCUGCUCUGGAAGAGGACCCAGGUUCUGUUCCUAGCACCCACAUGAUACCUCACAACUAUCAAUUACUCCAGUUCCAGGGAACCUAAACACUCUUAUGGCCUCGACAGGCCACCAGGCAGGUGGCCAGGGCACUUACAUGCAGGCAAAACACUCAUAUAUAAAACUAAAGGGAAAAAUGUUUAAAGAAUUUAAAUUCAAUUUUAAAAUGACAUUAACUUUUGAUGUGACUCUUAUGAGACUUUCAGAAACACAGAAAUUUAAAGAGAAAAAUAAAAAUCAAUUAGACU